AUGAGACAACUUGAGAUGGCCACUGUAUUAGGAAAACUGAAAAUGCUGGUCUUGUUACAAACGCUUUUCUGUGAGAGAAAAUCUGCCAAAAUGAAUUGCAAUUUUCUCUUGAGCAUCUUUCUCUUGAGUAUACUGCUUCCUGAUGAAGUAAAUAUGUUGAAAGUCAAUUCAUUUACCUCGACAGAUGGAAGACCUGAAAAAGGUAGUGACAUCAUAAUGAAAUGCAGUUAUACUAUCUUGAAAAGUGAUGGUCUUCAAACUUUGAUUAUAUCAAAUGAUUCGAGACACGUUGCAUCCUGUUUUGUGAAAUCCGGCAGCAUGGCAGAUUGUAGCAUUGAUCAGGGAAUUCAGAAUAAUUAUAAUGUCAGAAAUAGUACAGAAACUGCCAUAGAAUUCAAGAUUUCAAAUGUACAGAUAUCAGAUGCUGGUAAUUGGAUUUGUGGAUUUAAAACACAGUCUGGAGAUACAAUCUCAUUAAACCUGGCUGUAUAUGUCAAAGUUACCACCGUUACCAUUCAUGAUGGAAAUGCAUCACCACAAAGUGAUGAUAUCAUUGAGGUGAUUGGAAAUAAGGAGAAAACUUUGACUUGUACAACUGGAGAAAGCAACCCUGCACCUACCAUUAUAUGGUAUAUUGCUGAUCAGAAGAAGCAAAAUGGAACUGGUAUCAACUAUACAUUUACUCCUACAAAUGAUAAUCAUAACCAGAGCAUAUAUUGUAAAGCAUAUAACUUACAGCCUGCGACGGAAGCUGUUGUGUCAGCUAAACCUAAGCUAUUUGUUAAAGUUUUACCAUCAACACCAUCUCUAACAAACUGGACAUCAAGCAGCCCUGAUUUGUUCUCCGGCGAACAAGUCACAUUAAGUUGUAAAUCUACACCUACAAGGCCUGCUGUUACUGUGAAUUGGAAGAAGGGGACAUCACCUUUACUGAAUGUACGGAAGACAGCCAGUAUAAAUUCAGUGGGAUUGUGGACUGUAUUAAGUACAGUAACAUUUACUCCGCAGAAAAACGACAAUGGCCAACUUAUUUCUUGUGAAACUUCCAUCUCCAGUCAAAGUCCUCAGAAAGUGCAAAAGGCAGUUUCAGUGUGGU